UUUCCACCUGCCCAAACCCCAGGGCACCCACACUCCCAUGGUUGAGCCCCUGCUUUCACCAGGGGCCCGUGUCCCUCUGCAGACCCCCUCCUGCGGGGGAGGCCACAGACUGCACUGCCCUCUCUUGCUCUGCCUGAGGACACUGCACCACAGCCCCGCUGCCCACAUGCUUGAGUGCUGGGGCAGAGUAACCGCCUCCUGGCUGUGAGCACACCCUGCCCAGCACUGGCCCGCAGGUGCAGAGCCAGACAUGAGCUCCAAGCACCGGGCGCCCGUGGCCUGUGGGGCCCCUUCCUGGGCCUGGGUCCUGCUGCCGAUGCUGAUGCUGGGGCUGGGUGGCCUCCAGGCUCGGGCCCACAGAGGCUUGGACCCUGACUUUCAGGAGAGGCAUUUUGAGCAGCUUAUGGACCACUUCAACUUUGCGAGGUUCGGCAACAAGACCUUUCACCAGCGGGUGUUGGUGUCAGACAAGUUCUGGAGAAGGGGCGAGGGGCCCAUCUUCUUCUACACGGGGAACGAGGUGGACGUGUGGGCCCUGGCCAACAACACGGGCUUCUUGGUGGAGCUGGCGGCCCAGCAGGGUGCCCUGCUUGUCUUUGCGGAGCACCGCUACUACGGAACGUCGCUCCCCUUCGGCGUGCGGUCCACACAGCGCGAGUACACCGAGCUGCUGACCGUGGAGCAGGCCCUGGCGGACUUUGCCACGCUGCUCCAGACCCUGCAGCAGAAACUGGGAGCACAGGGCGGCCCUGUCAUUGCCUUUGGAGGGAGCUAUGGGGGGAUGCUCAGCGCCUACAUGAGGAUGAAGUACCCCCACCUGGUGGCGGGCGCGCUGGCAGCCAGUGCACCUGUCCUGUCUGUUGCGGGCCUUGGAACCUCCAGCCAGUUCUUUCGCGACAUCACAGCAACCUUCCACAGCCAGAGUCCCAGGUGUGUCCAGGGCGUGCGAGAGGCCUUCCAGCAGAUCAGGGACCUAGUCCUACAGGGAGCCCAUGAAAGGGUCAGCCAGGAGUUUGGCACCUGCCAGUCACUCUUGGACCCGAAGGACCUGACUCAGCUCUUCCUGUUUGCCCGCAAUGCCUUUGUCCUGCUGGCCAUGAUGAACUACCCGUACCCCACGGACUUCAUGGGGUACUUUCCUGCCAACCCUGUGAAGGUCGGCUGUGACCGGCUGCUGAGCGAGGCCCAGAGGAUUGUAGGUCUGCGAGCGCUGACAGGGCUGGUCUACAACUCCUCGGGCACAGAGCACUGUUACAACAUCUACCAGCUGUACCAGAGCUGUGCUGACCCCACCGGCUGUGGCAUGGGCCCUGACGCCAAGGCCUGGGACUACCAGGCCUGCACCGAGGUCAACCUGAUGUUUGACAGCAACAACGUGACUGACAUGUUCCCGGACCUCCCAUUCACCGCUGAACUCCGCCAGCAGUACUGCCUGGAUAAGUGGGGCGUGUGGCCCCGGCCGGACUGGCUGCGGACCAGCUUCUGGGGCGGUGACCUCAGAGCUGCCAGCAACAUCAUCUUCUCCAAUGGUGACCUGGACCCCUGGACAGGGGGUGGGAUACAGAAGAACCUGAGUGCAUCGGUCAUUGCUGUCACCGUCCACGGGGGAGCGCACCACCUAGACCUCAGGGCGUCCCACCCACAAGACCCUGCCUCUGUUGUGGAGGUGCGCAGGCUGGAGGCUGCCCUCAUCCACAAGUGGGUGGAGGAGGCCCGGAGUGAGCAGCAGUGUCCCGGAUACCCGGAGAAGUGAGGUUGGCUGAGCUGCUCGUCCUGCACCUGGAUGUACCACCCAGGGCCAGGGUGUGGCUGGUGCAUUAUGGGGACCUGGGGGGGGGGGGUUGGCAGAGGAAGGAACUGAAUAAACUCGCCUGGGGCCAGGCAUGUCCCAUGGGGAGCAGGACCCAGGGAAGAAGCCAGCUGAGCAUUCA